AGCCUGCACCGCCCUACAUGGCCGCGGGACUCGUGUGUUUUGUUGGCAGAAGGUGCGGACGCAGAGCAGCAGAUCUGAUCAGCAGACUCUCUGGGCCUCCUGUCUUCCUGCUGAGGUGUGCUUCAGACUGCAGACCCUGAACCCGAGCCAGGAAGAGAGACGCGAGAGACGUUCCAGCAUGGAGGGGAGGCGGGGUCUUCUCCUCAGCCUCAUCAUGGCAGCGUGUUUGCACGCCAGUGCUGCUCAGAGGACAGUCUGCACUCAAGAGGCUGUAGCCGACAUCGUCUUCCUGGUCGACGGGUCGUGGAGCAUCGGCAUUGAGAACUUCGAGCAGAUCCGUCAGUUUCUGUUCACGCUGGUGAACAGCUUUGACGUCGGGCCUGAACACGUCCGCAUCGGGCUGGUCCAGUACAGCACCACUCCACGCACAGAGUUCCUGCUCAACACCUUUAACAACAAAAACGACAUCCUCCAGUACAUCACAAACUUGCCUUACAUGGGGGGCGGCACCCAGACGGGGCAAGGCUUGGACUUCAUGCUGAAUGAGCACUUUGUGGAGGCGGCUGGCAGCAGGGCUGGCCAGAAGGUGCCUCAGAUCGCUGUGGUGAUCACCGAUGGCAAAUCGCAAGACAACGUGGAGUCCUACGCCGAGAAUCUGAAGAGAAAGGGAAUUGUUUUGUAUGCAAUUGGUAUCAAAGACGCGGAUGAAGAGCAGCUGAAGGAGAUAGCGAAUGAGCCGGACAGCCAGCACGUCUACAGCGUGUCUAAUUUUGCAGCGCUGCAGGGAAUCUCUCAGAGCAUCGUCCAGACGCUUUGCACAACUGUAGAAGAAGCCAAACGACAACUCCAGCAAUUGUCUCAAGAAUGUGCCAAAGCCACGGUGGCUGACAUCGUCUUCCUGGUGGACGGCUCCUCCAGCAUCGGCGCAACGAGCUUUCAAGAGGUCCGGACUUUUCUCCACAACGUCAUCGAGGGCCUCGACAUUGGCCCCAACAAAGUUCGGAUCGGCGUGGCUCAGUACAGUGAUGACCCUCACCAGGAGUUCCUGCUGAAGGAUCACAAGGACAAGAAAUCCCUGCUGGCCGCGGUGGAUAACAUUCCCUACCGAACGGGAGGCACAGAAACCGGCAAGGGCAUCGACUUCCUCCUGACGCGGUACUUCACCAAAGAGGCGGGAAGCCGAGCCAGCCAGCGGGUGCCCCAGAUCGCUGUGGUCAUCACAGAUGGCGACUCUGCAGAUGAUGUGAUAGACCCCGCCCAGCGUCUGAGGCAGCACGGAGUCAUUGUGUUUGGCAUCGGGGUGGGACAAGCCAACCAGGAGCAGCUUCAGACCAUCGCCAACCAGCCUUCUGACCGCUUCCUGUCUGCCAUCGAUAGCUACCAGGCUCUGCAGAGGCUGACAGACAGUCUGCUGCAAACUGUAUGCGUCUCUGUGGAAGCUCAGAGGCAAGCGUUGAAAGAAACUUUUGCAGACAUUUUCUUCCUGGUGGACAGUGGUGUGACUGCAUCAGAUUUCCAGCAGAUCCGGACCCUCCUCAUCCGACUGGCCAAUCAACUGAACAUCGGAGCGUCCGCCUACCGUCUGGGCUUGGCCCAGUAUGGUCGGGAUAUGAAGGUGGAAUUUCUUCUCAAUACCUACCAAACCAAAGAGGAAACCAUGAAUGCUACUAAGCGUUUUCGCCAGCGCAAACUGUCGCCCAACGAGCCUCGUAACCUGGGCAGCGCGUUGGAGUACGCCAGCACUAACUUUUUCACUAGUGCUGCAGGAAGCCGGGCGGACCAAGGCUACAGACAGUACCUGGUUGUUCUAAGCGGAAAAGACUCAGAUGAUCCUGUGUACAGGGCGUCACGUCUGAUCAAAUCAUCAGGAGUAACUGUGGUGGGGAUGAGCUUUGGUGCUUCGAUGACGGAAAUGCGUGUCAUCGCCACUGAGCCGUACCUAUACAACACUGUUAUCAAUGCUAUAACUACUCUGAAGGCUAUUUUUGAAACAGAGGAAGAACAGACUACUCUUACGGAAGAUUGCAGAGCAGCCAAGCUGGCAGACAUCGUUUUCAUCGUUGAUGAGUCGGGAAGCAUUGGAACCACCAACUUCCAGCUGGUGCGCGCCUUCUUGCACUCGAUUGUGAGCGGCAUGGAAAUCAGUCCGGCCAGAGUCAGAGUGGGCAUCGUGAUGUACAGUGACAAGCCCACCGCACUGGUCCACCUCGACACCUUCAGUGACAAGGACGAGCUGCUGAAUUUCAUCAAAAUCCUGCCUUACCAUGGAGGCGGUACGAAAACUGGAGCCGCCCUAAAGUUCACCCGGAAGAAUGUUUUUAUCAAGGAAAAAGGGAGCAGAAUAGAUAAGGGUGUCCAGCAGGUGGCGGUGGUGAUCACAGACGGUGAAUCCCAGGACAACGUGAGCACAGCGGCAGCUAACCUCCGUCGGGCUGGUGUCACUGUUUACGCAGUCGGAGUCAAAGACGCCAAUGAGGCCGAGCUGGCUCAGAUAGCGUCUUAUCCCCCCAAUAAGCAUAUGUAUAUUGUGGACAGCUUCGCCAAGCUGAAAUCGCUGGAGCAGAUCAUGCAGAAAAGUCUGUGCCACAACAUUAUUCGGCAAGCGUUCUCAGUCAGUACAAGAAGAACUAGCAUCAAAGAAGGCUGCGUACAAACGGAUGAAGCUGAUAUUUUCUUCCUGAUUGAUCACUCGGGAAGCAUUUACCCCACUGACUUCCAGGACAUGAAGAAGUUCAUCAUUGAGUUUCUUCAUACCUUCCGUAUUGGGCCACAACAUGUCCGCAUGGGGGUCGCAAAAUACGCAGAUUCGCCAGACUUAGAGUUUGACCUGACAACCUACUCAGAUGCCGCGACACUGGAGAAAGCCGUAGAGAAGAUUGAACAAUUAGGAGGCGGGACGGAGACGGGAAGAGCGCUGGAAUUCAUGGUACCACACUUUAAAAGAGCAGUUGCCACUCGUGGCCACAAAGUCCCAGAAUACCUGGUGGUCAUCACUGACGGAAAAUCCAGUGAUAACGUCAUGGUACCUGCAGAAAAGCUCAGGGCUCAGGGAGUCAUCAUCUAUUCCAUCGGGGUGAAAGCUGCAGAUGAAGAUGAGCUGGUAGAGAUCUCCGGCGACCCUAAGAGGACUUUCUUUGUCAAUAAUUUUGAUGCUUUGAGGCCCAUCAAGGAUGACAUCAUCACAGACAUCUGUUCGCAAGACGCUUGCAAAGACGUACCGGGCGACCUCCUUUUCUUGAUCGACAGCUCUGGCAGCAUCUAUCCACAAGACUAUGAGAAAAUGAAAGACUUCAUGAAAGCUGUCAUCAGCAAGUCCGUCAUCAGGCAGGACGAGGUGCAUGUCGGUGUCAUGCAGUUCAGCACCGUCCAAGAACUGGGGUUCCCGCUCAACCGCUACUACACCCAGGAAGAAAUGAUGACCGCAAUCGACGCUAUGCAGCAGCUUGGUGGAGGCACGCUCACCGGUGAAGCACUCACAGAUGUGUCGCAGUAUUUCGAUGCAAACCGAGGCGGGCGCCCUGACCUGAGGCAGAGGCUGGUAGUGAUAACAGAUGGCGAGGCCCAAGACGUUGUCCUAGGCCCCGCCGAAGCUCUGAGGGACAAAGGAGUGUUGAUCUACGCCAUCGGAGUGGUGGACGCCAACACCACCCAGCUGCUGGAGAUCAGCGGUUCACCAGACAGGGUGUAUGUCGAGAGGGACUUUGAUGCUCUGAAGGACCUGGAGAGCCAGCUGGCCUUGGAGCUCUGUGAUCCAGAGAGAGAGUGCAAGAAGACAGAAAAGGCUGACAUUAUUUUCCUGGUGGAUGGCUCCACAAGCAUAACCCUGAGCAAGUUUAGAAGCAUGCAGAAGUUCAUGGAGUCCAUUGUAAACCAAACCACAGUUGGCAAGGACCUGACUCGCUUUGGCGUCAUUCUGUACUCCACCAACCCCAAAUCUAUUUUUACUCUGAAUCAGUAUGACACCAAACGAGAUGUUGCUCAAGCAAUAUCAGCACUGAAGUCCCCCUUUGGAGACACCUACACUGGCAAGGCUUUGGCAUACUCUUUACAGUUCUUUAACGCUCAACAUGGUGGCCGGGCGGAUCUCCAGGUGCCCCAGAUUCUCAUGGUGAUCACAGAUGGUGAUGCCACUGACCCUAACAAUCUGCUUGCACCAUCAAAGGCACUGGCAGCGAAAGGGAUCACCGUCUUCAGUAUCGGAGUGGAAGGCGCCAACAAGGCGCAGCUAGAGAUCAUGGCUGGUAACGACGAGUCCAGAGUUUUCUAUGUAGACAAUUUCGCCGCCCUGGAAACUCUGUACAAGAACAUAACUCAUGUCCUCUGCAAUACCACCAAGCCAGUUUGUGAAAAACAGAAGGCUGACCUGGUCUUCCUACUCGAUCAGUCUGGCAGCAUCGACAGCGCUGACUACACCAUCAUGAAACAGUUCACCACAGAUUUAGUGAACAGCUUCAAAGUCAGUCAGGAUUUAGUGCAUGUAGGACUUGCCCAGUUCAGCAGCAUUUUCCAGAAUGAGUUUUACCUCAAUCAGUUCUACAACGAGGAAGCCGUGACCAAGCACAUCAUGGAUAUGGUGCAGCUCGGUGGAGGCACCAAUAUCGGGCUGGCUCUGGAUUCCAUCAGCGAGUAUUUUGAGGCGUCGCGAGGAAGUCGUAGAUCUGCUGGGAUCUCCCAGAAUCUUGUGCUGAUCACAGAUGGUGAAUCGCAGGACGAAGUGGAGGAUGCAGCUGAUCGUCUCAGGGCUCUGGGGAUCGAGGUGUUUGCCAUCGGCAUUGGAGACGUCCACGAUCUGGAGCUCCUGCAGAUCACUGGCACCCCGGAGAGGCUGUUUACUGUGCAGAACUUCGGCAACUUGGAAAACAUCAAGCAAAAGGUGGUAGACACCAUCUGCAAAUCCAGACCCCCCGAAGAUCAAUCCACUUGCAGCAUUGAUAUCGCUAUGGGAUUCGAUAUAACUCGAAGAACUGUCGCUCCUGGUGAGAUGCUGGUCAGCGGCCACACCAAGCUCCAGACCUUCCUGCCAGAGAUCGCCCAUUACGUCUCCUCGGUUGAAGGCCUUUGCUGCGUCGGCCCCGCACCCAUCAAGACCAACAUCGCCUACCGAGUGGUGGGUCGUGAUGGACGCUCCCUGUACGACUUGAACUUUGAGGGCUACAGCGAAGACGUAGUGAGGAAGGUCAUGACCUUGAAUUUGGCAGAGCCGACCUACUUCAACACGGCCCUGCUGAAAUCCUUCGGGCAGAAGUUCAGCGCCGAGUCCAGGGCUGGCGUGAAGGUGCUGGUGAUCUUCUCAGACGGACUCGAUGAAGACGUGAUGAAGCUGGAGCAUGAGUCAGACCUGCUGCGACAGUCUGGGGUCAGCGCUCUGCUGACUGUGGCCCUGGAGGGAGCGCGGGACCCCGCCCAGCUGCAGAUGGUGGAGUUUGGCCGAGGGUUCGGCUACAAGCUUCCUCUCAGCAUCGGCAUGCAGAGUGUCGGCAGCACCGUCCUCAAACAGAUCGACUCUGUGUCGGAUAAGGAGUGCUGCAACGUCAUGUGCAAAUGUUCUGGACACGAAGGCGUCCGUGGCUCUCGGGGCCCCCCGGGGUCAAAGGGUGUGUCUGGACAGAAGGGCUACCCCGGAUUCCCUGGAGAUGAGGGCGUCGCUGGAGAGCGAGGGCGUCCUGGACCGAGUGGACCUCAGGGUCUCCAGGGUUGUUCUGGACUCAGGGGACUGAAGGGAAACCGAGGCCUCCGGGGAAACAGGGGUGAAAACGGAGAAGAAGGACUGGACGGAGUGAACGGAGAACAGGGAGUGACGGGAAAAGAUGGAACUCGAGGAGAGAGAGGACACCCGGGAAACCCAGGUAUCCCAGGCAUCAGAGGGGAGACGGGGCCGAAAGGACAGCGAGGACUGCGAGGAGAUCCGGGUGAAUCAGGUGCUGAUAACACCUCUCCAGGAGCCAAAGGAGAACCAGGGAACCCAGGUUUAGCGGGUGCACCUGGGCCAGACGGGCGGCCAGGUGAGAGCGGAAUCGUUGGAAACCCGGGUUCAAUCGGAAGGAAAGGGCCACUCGGCGAGAAGGGCGCACCUGGAGGGCCAGGAGAUCCAGGACUCCGAGGGAUCCCAGGUCCUUCAGGUCCACAGGGUCCCGGCGGGGUCAGAGGUCAACCUGGACCGAUAGGAAUCCCAGGCCUUCCUGGACCUCAGGGUGGACCAGGACAGCCUGGAGGUCCGGGAUCAGCCGGACGCCCUGGAUCUCUCGGACAGAAGGGCCAACCAGGAGACCCAGGUGAUAAAGGAACUCCAGGUUCACUGGGAGCCAGAGGAAUGCCGGGUCAGGACGGCAGAGACGGUUACGGACCUGCAGGACCUAAAGGUGUCAAGGGAGAUCCUGGUUUCCCCGGUUACCCCGGUCUAAAUGGAGAGGACGGCCUGCAGGGACCCAAAGGAUAUCCAGGACGUAAAGGGAACCGAGGCCGAGGGGGGAACUCGGGCAAUUCGGGAGAAUCGGGCGUGUCGGGAGACCCGGGACAUCCAGGACACAGAGGUCGCAGAGGUCCUCCUGGGGGCAGAGGCAUGACUGAGUGCCAGCUGGUCACCUACAUCAGAGACAACUGUGCGUGUUCCAUCGGUCGAUCAGCCUGCCCGGCCUACCCCACCGAGCUGGUGUUCGCUCUGGACAUGUCCGCCGAAGUGUCCCCCGCAGCCUUCGAGAGGCAGCGCGCCGCCCUCCUCUCCCUGCUGGAGGACAUCACCAUCGCCGAGAGCAACUGUCCGACGGGCGCUCGCGUCGCUGUGGUGGCUUACAACGCCUACACCAAGUACCUGAUCCGCUUCCAGGACUACCAGCGCAAGAACCAGCUGAUCGAAGCUGUGAAGAACAUCGCCCUGGAGAGGACGACCAACAGGCGUAAUCUGGGGGCCGCCAUGCGCUUUGUGGGUCAGAACCUCUUCAAACGUACACGUUCUGGCGUGUUGAUGAGGAAGGUGGCCGUCUUCUUUUCCAGCGGGCCUACACAGGAUGCUGAGGACAUUGUCACGGCCAUGAUGGAGUACCGCGGCCUCAACAUCGUCCCGGCAGUGAUCUCUCUGACCAACGCUCCUGCUAUUAGUCGAGCGAUGGAGACUGACGACUCGGGGAACGCCAUCUUCACAGUGCUGGGGAGGGACAUGGCCGCCGACCUGAGGAAGGUCAGGAACUGUGCGAUCUGUUACGACCCCUGCCAACGUUCAGAGCAGUGCGCCUUCAUCCAGGAUGUCCCGAGGCCUCAGGAGGUCGACGUGGACCUGGUCAUGGUGGUGGACGACUCCAGGGAGAUUAAGGCUGAUGAGUACGCCGGCGUCCAGCAGCUGCUGGGCUCUGUGGUGGAGCAGCUGGUCGUGAGCCCGCAGCCACGCAGGGCCGGCAACCAGGCCCGGGUGGCUGUAGUCCAGCAGAGCGGCAGCCGCACUCUGAAGCCGGAGUUUGGCCUGCUGGACUACCAGAACGCCAACGUGAUGAAGAAGCAGAUCAAGAACAUGCAGCAGCAGAGCGGCUCCCCUGCGCUGGGACAGACGCUGGAGUUCUGCCUGCAGGAGGUGCUGCUGAAGGCCACCACGCCCCGGAGGAGGAGGGCGAUGCUGACUGUGGUGGGCACCAAGACGGCUUACGAGGACCGGGCCAAGCUGCGCUACAUCUCCCAGAAGGCCAAGUGUGAGGGGGUGGCGCUGUUUGUGGUGACUAUCAGUGAUCGCUACAACCAGACGCAGGUGGAGGAGCUGGCCAGUCUGCCUGAACAGCAGCACCUGAUCCACGUCGGCAGACUGAAGGCCGACGAGCAGGGCUACGCCCAGCGCUUCUUCAGAGUCUUCCUCUCCGCCCUCAACAAGGGAAUGAACGCGUAUCCUCCUCCUUCUUUAACACGGACCUGUGAGCAGCUGACAGGACAAGAUGGAGGACAACAAACGUUUGUGAACGGUCAGGGGCCGGCUGUGCUUUGGGAGGUUGCAGAGGAGGAAGAGGAGAGGUUUGAGGAGCAGACAGGAGGACAGACUCAGACCGGCCAGCUGGACAUCAUCGACACGCUGUCCAGAGGAGACGGCCAAACAUUCGCCUCAGGAGUGAAACUCAACGCCCAGUGUCAGCUGGAGUCUGAUACUGGUAUCCCGUGUCACGACUAUGUCCAAGCGUGGUUCUUUGACACAGCCAUCGGUGCAUGCUCGCCCUUCUGGUACGGCGGUUGCGGCGGUAACGCCAACCGCUUUAAAACGGAAAAUGAAUGUUUCCGGACGUGUGGCCAUAAUCCAAACAUCCUGCCGAGGCCGGAGCUCGCCAGCUUUGUUUCCAAAGACACCUGUUUCCUCAGCCAGGACCAGGGCAGCUGCCAGAACUACACCAUGAUGUGGUUCUUCGACACCAAACAGAAUGAAUGUUCUCGGUUCUGGUACGGCGGCUGCGGCGGCAACGGCAACCGCUUCAAGACGGAAGAGGAGUGCGAGAACCUCUGUCUGACCGAGAGACGAUGAGGAAGGAUGUCGCCCGGAUUGGUUGGAAGAAAACAGCUCUGUACAGCAAACUUCUAUCAGCAACACCUCAGAAAACACGCAUCUUCGUCGCUUUAUUCACAGCUGAGGUUGUUCUGGAACAGUUCAACUGCUAACUAGUUUCUGGCUUAAACGCCUUCAGGGAAAGUUCCAACUGUUCCGAAACGCAGCAGCUGCUGAUUAAAGAGCUUUUGGGUCACGAGGAAGAGUCUGUUGUUUUGUUUCUGCUGGACGUUGAUUUAAAGCAACAUUUUGUAGCAUUAGUUUUUUGUAUGUGAUUUGGCGCCCUGACUGUUUCAGAGUGUAAUUUGCCGCUCUGUAGAUAAAGCCAGUUACGUGUCAAUACAUCAUCUACCAGUCCUCUUGGCAGGUGAGCCAAAAAGUUAAUUUCCACCCCUGGAUAUAUAUUUUUGCUGCUUCUUAUAGCUUGCUGAUGAGUCAUGUUGACGCCGUAAAGUAUUCCUCUGUUAUCGUGAUAAGUGACUCCAAUGUUUCAUAGCGCAGCGAGCCCUGAGCGGUAAUAACAGAGACGCCAUUCACAAACAGAGUACCAUCAAAAUGAUUGUAAAGCUUUGAGUUUAGAAUAAAAAUGACUACACAAUGUUGCUUUAAACAUGACGGACGCUAAUCAGAGACGAAGCUGUUUAACAUCACAUCAGCUGCAGUAAAGAUAGAUUUGACUCGCAUCCGACUGCUGAAAGACAAAAACAGGACUGAACCUGAAGCUUUCAGGUCAAUUUCAAAUGCAACUGCAAAACUUUGACAAUUUUCUUUUUCUGUGUGUGCUCAUUUCAGUUAGUUUUUUGAAGAUAUGAAACUUAUCUCGUGAUCAUCAGCUCCAGUAUUCACAAAUAACUGUUUGCAAUUCAGCCACUUUCUAGGUGAGUCCUGCUUCCAGACAUGCCCACAUCUUACUUUCAGAGUUUUGGUCUCAGCUGUGGAAGAGGGCAGCACUGGUAACUUUAGUAACUUUACAGCUGGAGUCAGAGAACCAGAAGCCUAAAAUUACAUCUUGGGAUGUCCUGGUGACAAAUCUAACGGACCCAAAGACUGAAAACGUGUACAGCGUGUUAGCGUUUCAUUUUUGUGAAGUGUAGGACUUUAGGCUCGACAAGGGACAGUAGCUGUUUGGAACACUCAAUCAUUCUGGCGUCGGGUUAGCGAGGUCGAUCUGACGUUCACACCCACGUUCAUAACAACUCCAAACUCAUUUGUCUGCAGCAGCGAUUGGGCAACCCGUCGUACGAACUAGUUACUGCCGAGCGAAACCGUCCCUGACUUCACCCCGCCUCUGCUUUUAUUGCCUGGUACUCUCGAUGCUUCCUGCCUCUUUCUACUGUGUACAAAUAAAAGCAAAUCACAAAUAUUAUCACAAGCAGGAACUUUUAACUCCCUUCAGGUCUAAUACUCUAAAAAACACUAGAGUCCCUGGCUGAGGGUUACGCUCUAACCCUGGACGUUUAAUAAAGCCUGAACCAUCAAAAAAUUGCCAGAAAAUUUGUUUUUUUUAUACCAAAUUUAAACAGAUUUGAAUAGCCUUUUGUAUGUACGAGUUUUGUUUUGUAUCAUAUUUGAUCCAUUCAGACUUUAUUGCAAUGUUUUGCCAACAUCAUUUUUUUCUAAAACAACAAAAAACAUGCAGGACACAACAUGUUUUAAGCCUUUUAUCAUCAUCAUCCCCUAACUGCUCCAUGUCAUUUGAAUUGCCACACAUAAUCAAUUAUGCCUUUAAUUACUUUACUUAAAUAAUUAAAAGACUAUAGCUCAAUGAAAUGCAUAAUGAAGGAUAUCCAAUAAAACUAUGAGUUACAGAUGUAUAAAUAAAUUACCUUAUAUACCUGCUGUGUCUAAUUUGAUACGACACAAUUUUACUAUAAAAUAAGUUGAGAAAUAUUAAGUAACUUAACAUCACUUCAAUCCAGUAAAAAAAAAAAAAACAAUUUAAAUGUUUUUCUCACCUUUACAAUUGGCAAAAGUUUCCUUGCAAAACCACCUGUAGGUCCCUGAUUGACAACCUCCAUUUUGGCGGUCUCAAACUGAAGGACCUAUGGUGGGCGACUGUCGGCCCCCUGGUGGUAUUAUCUGUGCGUUGAAGGUGUCUGAUUGUAUGCGUCAGGUUUUUUUUGUGGAAAUAUAUCACACUUAUGAUGUAGAGGUCUCUAAAACUCACGUAUCAUAUGAGAUACGCUUGGAGUUACAGGGUUAAAAACCGUCCUCACAACAAUAAAGUCUUAUUUCCCCUGACGGACCAAACCUUGAAAACGAGACCCAGAAUUUUUCCUUUAAUAAUCGUGUGAAGGAUCAAACUGAACUCGAGCUGCUGCUGUGAAACAAAGGCUGUGAGAGGACAGAUCUUUGUUCAGAGUAGUGUCUGGUCGGGUUAAUGUGUAGUUUCUUGUUUCUUGUUAGCGUCUGAUUUAUCUCACUAAUGUAAACACAUAGCUGGAGUGGCUGCAGAACGGCUCGGGUCCCAGUUUGAGCCUUAAAAGGUCUGAAAUGUGUCUUUGAGUUUCAGUCUGUGUCACCGUCUGUCUGUCUGGAUGUAGAGAUCACUGUCUGUGGUUCUUCAAACCGACCAAUGGUGCUUCAUGUAAAAAAAAAUAAUAAUAAUAAAUAAUAAAGAAUUUAAGAAAACC